UAUUAAUACACUCAUGUGAAGGAAAAUGUUGCUGCUAUCAUUGAUCAGUAUGCUAAUACACCCCAAUCACCAGAAAUUGCUCUUGAUCUUAAUGAUAUGACCCAAGAAGGUGAAAAGGUGCAAAUUGAUUUGGAAAUGGCCAAGGACCCCAGAGAAACAUUAUCUGAUAGUUUUUCCAAUUGCUUUGCCCACUCCUUGAACAAAAUUUGGAUCAUGUGGGAUCCCAGAAUUACUAGAAGGAUCCUAUGGAACAAACUGACUCUUUUUAGGGACAGUAUUGGAGCAAAGUCGUGGAUGAAUACAAGGGUAAAAGUAUUCCUAACAAAGUUGAUAUGGAUGAAUUCAAUGAGUUUAGUUUUUCAAAAAGUCUGUCUGAGCUUAAUUUCCAGGGCACCCCCUAUACCUGGAUGGGGAAUUGAAUAGGAUGAAAGGUCUCGUUUUUUAAAAACUUGAUAGAGUGAUGGCUUCAAAUGAGUUUUUACAACUGAACUGGAACCUUACGCUUAAAAAAUUGAAUAAAUGUGUUUC